AUGCUCUCUCGCAAGCCGCGGGCGCCCUCAGUCAAGUCGCUGCCCAUCAGCCCUCCGCUGCCCUUCCCGCCCUCCUACUACCGCCAGCACCACCCGGCCAGCGGACAGGCAGACGCAGAAGAAGAUAUCUAUACCCAGCCAGCGCCGCGCGAGUAUCCAGACUAUGCCAUCAUGCCAGACCCUGCGCCGGGCGUGAACCUCGCCCUCGAGCAGUCCUACUUUGACCUGCGCCAGCAUCAUCAACAGCAGCAUCUCCAUCACCAGCAUCACCAUCAGCAUCACCAUCAAGAUCAACAUCAGCAUCAACAGGAAUAUCCGUUCAGUCCUAAUGACUACAGCUACGAGUUCAGUGGCUACGCCGCCCGUCUGCCUCCGUCGCCGCCGACCUCCCCCCCCUACGCGGCCGCAGCCCCGGAGGACGACCGCUACCCGGCCUCGCUGGCCUCGCUGCCUCUCUCGAUGAAGAGCGCAGGCCACAGACGAGGCGCCCGCUCCAUGGGCAGCGCGACCGCCGUCUCCCAGCCGUCGCGGCUCAGUCGAGGCAGCGCGGCCACAGACGUCGGCAGGGCGUCGGACGUCUCCAUCGACCUGGCGGACAUGCUCUCCGACAAGCUCGACGAGGUCAUCAACCACAUGGACAUGCAGGUCUUCAGCGGCCGCGAGAGGGAUCUCUACCUCGAUGUCGACGCUGGCCCCGAGGCGGCCUCCAAGACGAGCUCUGGACGCAGCUUUCUGCGCUCUGCCUCCUCGUCCGCCUCCCGCAAGACCAACUACUUUGCAAAGGUCUACCACUACCGCAACGCCAGGCUGCCCCGUAGCCUGGCCCCCCUCAACCUGUUCAUCUCGACGUGGCCGCUGCUCUGCCUGGCCGCGCAGUCCUCCCAGAGCGCCUACAACCGUCCCUCGCCCGUGGAGAGGGAGACGCACGUCGAGGGGGACCCCUACCUGGGCACCAAGGCGAUGGUCAUCAAGUCCGUCGCGCUCGACCACAUGAACCUCAUCGUCUUCGCCGUCCGCGGCACCACCCGCUCCUCCUUCGCCGACUGGGCCACCAACAUGAACGCCGAGCCCGCCACGCCCACCGGCUUCCUCGACGACCCGGGCAACCUCUGCCACGCGGGCUUCCUGUCCGUGGCCCGCAGGAUGGUGCGGCCCGUGGCCCUGCGGCUCGAGCAGCUGCUCGCGGAGAACCCUGCGCGCGCAAAGUUCUCGCUCGUCAUCACAGGCCACUCGGCCGGCGGCGCGGUCGCCAGCCUGCUGUACGCCCACAUGCUGUCCUCGACCCUGCGCUCAGAGCUGAUAUACCUCCGUGACCGCUUCAAGCGCAUCCACUGCUUCACCUUUGGCUCCCCGCCGGUCUCCCUCCUGCCCAUCAACAAGCCGGCAGACCCCAAGUACGCCAAGUGGCUCUUCUACACCUUCAUCAACGAAGGCGACCCCGUCUGCCGCGCAGACAAGCCCUACGUCCGCUCUCUCGUCAGCCUCUACAAGUCUCCCGCUCCCCUUCCUCCGCCCACGACCAGGUCCCGCUCCUCCACCACCACUACCAACGGCAGCGGCAGCAGCAGCAGCAGGCCCAGCAAGCUCAGCUUCCUCAAGGACCGUCGAGAGAGCAGCGACAGAUCAGACCUUGAGCGGGAGGUGUUCUGGCCUGUGCCUUCGCCCACCCUGACCCUACCGGGCUGUCUCAUCGUCCUGCGCGGCAACAGAGACAACCCCAGAGACAAGGACGUUGUCGAGGCCUACCUCACCCACAACGAGCAGCUGGCCGGCGUCGUCUUCGGAGACGUGAUGAUGCAUAUGAUGACCCUCUACGAACGGCGCAUCCAGCUCCUAGCCACCGACGCCGUCACCGCCAGAGCUGCUCGAUGA